UUGUCGGAAUACAGGCGGAAAACAACUGAGGCAACUUUCGCUUCCCCAAAUAUGAGAGGCAAAUGAGAAGAAAAGCUGAAAACACGGUCAAUUUCAGCGGCUUUGUUUUCGGCUAAAGGCUCCCGGAGGUCCGCCAUGGCUCUGCCGAGACAGCUGAGGGAGGAGAGUGAUUUCGAGCAGCUGCCGGACAACGUCCCAGUCAGCGCCACCAUCGCGGACAUCGAGGAGAAAAGCGGCUUCAUCGUUUACUACUAUUUCGUGAUUGAAGUGAAGACUAAAGGAGGCAGCAAGUACCUGAUCUACCGCAGAUACCGCCAGUUCUUCGCUCUCCAUCAGAGGCUGGAGCUGAAGUUCUCACCCGAUGUUCAGUCAGGACCAUACACCUUUGUACUGCCCACUCUGCCUGGGAAAGUGUUCAUAGGCAACAAACAGGAAAUAGCAGAGAACAGAAUCCCUGAGCUCAACACGUACAUGAAGAAGCUGCUGUGUUUGCCUACCUGGGUGCUGCUAGAUGAUUUGAUCCGGAUGUUUUUCUACCAGUCUGAAUGGGACAGUCAGCAAGUGCCCAAAGCUCUCCGGCGCCUCCGGCCCCCCACGCGGAAAGUAAAAACACAGAAGCCCAAAACGGACCUCCUCUCGUCCCCCAGAGCGGAGGCGGUGUUUGACUUCAACGGGAGCGGGAAGCUGGAGCUGAGUCUGAAGGCUGGAGACGUGAUCUUCCUCCUGCGGCGAGUGAACGCAGACUGGCUAGAGGGCACGGUUAAAGAUAGGAUAGGCAUAUUUCCAGAAUCAUUUGUGAAGAUCAUCAAACCUCUUCCUGAAAGUGACUCAGAUGAGGAGGGCAGAGCUUCAAAGACAAAAGGCGGAGCUCAGGGCUCCUACAGCUGCCUGCGCUGCUACCUGCUGGAGCCAGAGGGUAUUGACACCAGGGAUCUGUGUGUUGAAGAAGACUUCACUAUCCAGCCGUCAUACUCUGAUCUCCUUGCACGCAUGAGAGAGGUCUUUCAGAUAGAGGACAUCGCUCUAAACUACCGUGACCAUGAAGGAGAUCUAGUGCGUAUCUUGGAUGACGAGGACGUGACUCUGAUGGUCAGAGAGAGCAAAAGCCAGGGGUCAAAUGUCAAAAGACCCAUCAAUCAGUUCCCAUGGGAACUGCAUGUCACUCGUACCAAUUAUCUGUCAGCGUACAACACGGAGUACUGAAGUGUGCACGUAUGUGUGUCAAUAAGGUCCUUUGGGUUCACAUUGCUCACAAUACUCAUGUCAGACCUGCCAGCUUAAAGGGGAACUCCACCAAUUUUGCAAAAUUACUGAAUCAUUCAACCUUUUAGAUGUAAACAAAAUCAUGCAGAGUGGUUUAAUGUGAGUUUGAGUCAAAAUCGCUCACCAUUAUAGUACUACGAACCAGACAUCUGUGUGUCCACACAACAGAAUCCCUGUUUAAUCUGCUGUUCAAAAAUGACCAUUGAAUUAACACAAGUCUUAUAAUGUUUUAUAAGUCACACUGAUAAUGGUAAAAUAGUACUAAACUGAAAAAUUAUGUUUUUUGGGCACUAUUUUUUCCUCACAAUGCCCUGCACAUAUUUCUCCGCCCUGCAUGCCCUUUGUGUUGUUUGAGUGCCGUUGCGUCACACAUUGCGAGCAAAACUUAAAACUGUAAGUAACGUAUUUUUAUUAGAGGAGCUGCGAUAGAUUAGAUUUGCACCUCACUGUCCUGCCCCAUAAACUGGUGAGCAGAGUAGCAAGUAGUUUGUUGUAGACACUGUCGAUUUCCAUUCGCCCUGGGGUCUCAGUCUCUAUCUCUCUCUCCCUUUUGACUCUCUUCUUCAAGUCGCUGCAACUCAUUUGUGUGUUCUGGUUCAAAUCGUUCAAAUAUGCCUCAACGACACAUUGCAAACAGAUCUUAUCAAUGUCCUCUGCAUACUUUGUCAUCUUCCAAAAAUUGGUAAGACAACUGUAAGAAUAAACUGUAAAGAAAAGCUCCUGCCAGGUGUUUUAUCCGAUUCAUUUCCCCUUCAAAUUCACGUUCCCUUUGGUGACUCAGAUACUGAGGCCGAGUAGCACUAGAACUACAGAAAACGGAAAAAGUAAAAAAAAAAAAAAAGGAUUAAAUGGCUUCAUGUUUUCACCCAAUCCCCAAUAUAAA